AGGAGUGUCAGACACAGUUUGACUCUGGUGUGAUUGUGAUUCAUUGUUGAUUCCUACAGAUACCAAUAUUUUAAUGGUCAAAAGGCAACCAUUUUCAUGAUCAAAGAAAGAGCCAUACUUUCUACUAAAAAAACAAGCAAGCCAUGGCAGCUCCUGAUUUACAGCCGCGAGCUACAGCCGGAGGAGAUCUGCGCAUGCAUCUACAAGAUGUCGUCCUCCCAUUCGUUGGGAUGCGGCAAAACUUAAGGGCCAUUUUUCUGGGUUUUCUCGGAAUUAUUUCUGACGACUGUAGAGAUAGGGGGGAAUGUGAGACAUAAUGCUCGAAGUUAGCACUACCAUCAAGCUAAGCCUUCUAAAAAAAGUCUGUGCGCCGCAGUUAUUAAUUCUCGAAGAGUAUAUAUUUACGGGUUUGCUCUUGGUGUUUCUGUUUUUUGCCGUUAUUUUUGUUUGAGUUUCUUGAAAAGAAAAGAUCAAAGAUAUCGUUCAAAACGAACACCAACAACCUACCUCUAACAUUUUCAGAGGGUGCACGGUGUUCAUUCGGCCACUGACUGUGACCGAAUAUUCUCGGGACCCGUUCCCCGGUGGCGGACUGCGCCGAGAAAGCAAGGGAGUCAAGUGCUACGGGUUGUGGGCUUUCCCAAGAUCUCCUCCGCGUUUCCAGAACAACUACUAUCCCAGCGUAGAGGAAUUGGAUGCAGCAGUGCAGGAGCUUGA